AUUAUCAAAUUAUUGAUUUGGGGAUGGCAGAACUCAUGAAACCAUUUAUUAGGGCCCAGAGAGGUUGCAGUGAACAUAGGGUAUCUAUCUUCUUUAUGGAUGACAAUGUUCAUAGGUGGCUGGAAUACUCAUACAGAUGAAGUCACAGAUCAUCUGAAGGGUCCUUCUGGUUAGAAAACUUUUAAGAUGCCAUUUGCAUGCAAUUUUCAGCUACAUUUUUGAGGUACAUGUAUAAGCUUACUAGGGGAUAGAUUAAUAGAACUGAACCUUAGAUGCUGUCAGGUGUGUUUUAUCUGUAUGGCACACUUUUAUGUUCCUUCAUAUCAUACAGUGACUAUCUCUUGUCAUUAGAAUUUCUAUUCAUUUUUUAAAGCCCAACUCAGACACUUCUUAUAAUUUUACUCUUUUAUCUCCUUAAUUUUUAAAAUGUUAUUGUAUAUUCCAGUUUCAUUUGUCACUCCCCACUCCCCACUCCUUCUCCCCUUUCCUCUCUCCAAGAAGGCAUGGUUCAACUUUGUAGUUUCCCUAGUGCACAUAGUAAGUACAUGUCUUUACUUAGAAAUAGAAUUAUUAAAGUUCUUGAAGAAUAUAACCUGUAAUUGUUUAGGUCAUAUAAAUUUAGAACCUACUUUCAUCCUCCAUUUAUAAAUCUAUUGAAUUUGCAGAGGUAAAUGACAAUGAACCAGCUACACAGCAGGAAAAAAAGGAGUGGAGGGUGGGUUCAGUUAAAACCAAGCCAUGUCAGCAAUCAUACCAAUGAGAAAGGUUUGUUGAAUCUAGGGGGUAAAGUUGGAUUUAAGGGCUUCCAGGAAAAAUGUGAGAAACAAUGAUAUAACAUAUUAAAACAUAUGCCAAAUAUGCAAAGGAAUGCAAAAUCUUUGAUAGUGAGGGUGAAGUAGGGGCUUCGAUUCGGUUUUUUUCUUUAUCUAGCACCAACAAAUUACUUUAUCUGUUUUUUUUAAUCCCUAUUUCUUCCACUUCUCUAUUUUUUCCCCUCUUCCUCUUCCUAGAUAUCCCAUCACAGUCCCUUUCCCUUAUCACUUUUCCAGCACCGGCUAUUUCAAUGCACCUGCUAGUGCAGCGGGCAUUGAAUGACGUCAUUAGCAUGACUGCAUAUUAUGUCACUUGGCGCAUAGAUUCUUAAGAGAAAUGAAAGGGGAAAAGGCAUUAGCCUUUUGGAAGAUUGGAAGAAAGCUGUGACCCAAUGGUCAGAGCUGGAAGCUAGGGAAGGGUUCUACGUUAGAUUGCACUUCUGUGCCUGAAUGGAAGGAAGGAGAAGGUGAAUUUGAGAAGCUAGUCCGGUGUCCCCGGGGAGGGGCGUAGGGUGCGCCCCUCAGAAGGGCGCGAGGGAGGGCGAGGGUCAUCAGGAGAAUAUCGCCACGGUGUAGGAAGAGAGCGCACACGCUCGGAGAUAGAGUGCGUGAGCGUGAAAGAAAAAUGGAGAGGAUCCUAGGGAGUGGGAAGUCAGCAUGGAUAGUCAAAGUGGUUAGAGUCGGAGGGAGGAGACGUAAAUUAACUACUCGGGACCCGUUCGUCAGCCUCCCUCCGACAGGGAGGGCGGCAGCGCCAUCCGACAGCGCGCGGCGGCGCGGCGUCGUGACGUCACGGCGGCGGCGGUGGUUGGCGCACUGUCUGGGACUGAAAAGUGUGAAUUACGCCGAGCUCGCGCUGGCAGCGGAGUGAAGUCAGGACGAGGGGGAGGGGAAGACGAAGAAGGAGGGGGGAGGAGAUAGAGGAGGAGGAGGAGGAGGAGGAGGAGGAGGGUGGCUGUGCGGCGGUAGAGAAAGCCAGUAGCCUGUCCCGGAGCCUCGCGCGCCCCUGGGUCUCGCCGCCGGCAGCAACGGUCUCUUCUCUCCCUCUGUGCUAAGCUCGCCUCCCCUUUUUAAAAAAAUUCUUCUGCCUGCCCCGAUUUUCUCUCCCCGGCCAACUGAAGAUCCCGAGGCACCUCCGGGACUUUGCGGGACCCGCUCCGCUCCACACCCCCCUUCCCUCCUGACAAUAGCGGGGCGCGCGUCUCUAACAGUCGCCGUCGCUGCUGCGUCUUCCCGGCGGGGGAAGUAGGGGGCGGUGGGGCUGGGGUGGGAGGGAGGGGGAGGGGGAGGCAGGGCCGGCCCCCGUCCCGGGGAGGCGUGAGUGCGGCUUCCCUUGCCGGGGUCCACGCCGCUGCCGCCUUCUCCUCCUUCUCCUCCUCCUCUUCCCUCUUCUUCUCCUCCUCCUCCUUCUCUCCGGCGCUGCCUGGGUCCCCCCGCCCGGCGGCUGCGGGGCUGCGGCGGGCCGGGGCCGGGCCGGGGAGCAGAGCGGCUGUAUUCAAUGGAAGUAUGUUACCAGCUGCCGGUGCUGCCUCUGGACAGGCCGGUCCCUCAGCACGUCCUCAGCCGCCGAGGAGCCAUCAGCUUCAGCUCCAGCUCGGCGCUCUUCGGCUGCCCCAACCCCCGGCAGCUCUCGCAGAGACGAGGAGCAAUUUCCUAUGACAGUUCUGAUCAAACUGCGUUGUAUAUUCGUAUGCUAGGAGAUGUACGAGUAAGGAGUCGGGCAGGAUUUGAAUCAGAAAGAAGAGGUUCUCAUCCAUACAUUGAUUUUCGUAUUUUUCACUCACAAUCUGAAAUUGAAGUGUCUGUGUCGGCCAGGAAUAUAAGAAGGUUAUUAAGUUUCCAGCGAUAUCUUCGAUCUUCUCAUUUUUUCCGUGGUGUUGCUGUUUCAAGUUCAUUAAAUAUUUUAGAUGACGACUAUAAUGGACAAGCUAAGUGUAUGUUGGAAAAAGUUGGCAAUUGGAAUUUUGAUAUCUUUCUCUUUGAUAGAUUAACUAAUGGAAACAGUCUAGUGAGCUUAACCUUUCACUUAUUUAAUCUUCAUGGACUAAUUGAAUACUUCCACUUAGAUAUGAUGAAACUUCGGAGGUUUUUAGUUAUGAUUCAAGAAGAUUAUCACAGUCAAAAUCCUUAUCACAAUGCAGUUCAUGCUGCUGAUGUGACUCAGGCCAUGCACUGUUAUUUAAAAGAACCGAAGCUUGCCAACUCUGUAACUCCUUGGGACAUCCUACUGAGUUUAAUUGCAGCUGCCACACAUGAUCUUGAUCACCCAGGUGUUAAUCAGCCUUUCCUUAUUAAAACAAAUCAUUACUUAGCAACUUUGUACAAGAAUACCUCAGUAUUAGAAAAUCAUCAUUGGAGAUCAGCAGUGGGGUUAUUGAGAGAAUCUGGUUUAUUUGCCCAUAUGCCAUUAGAAAACAGGCAACAGAUGGAAAACCAGAUAGGUGCUUUGAUUCUAGCAACGGACAUUAGUCGACAGAAUGAAUAUCUGUCAUUGUUUAGAUCCCAUUUGGACAAAGGAGAUUUAUGUUUAGAAGAUGCCAGUCAUCGACAUUUCAUUUUACAGAUGGCUUUGAAGUGUGCUGAUAUAUGCAACCCGUGUCGGACCUGGGAACUAAGCAAGCAGUGGAGUGAAAAAGUUACAGAAGAAUUCUUCCAUCAAGGAGAUAUUGAAAAAAAGUAUCAUUUGAGUGUGAGUCCACUAUGUGAUCGGCAAACAGAAUCAAUAGCCAACAUUCAGAUUGGCUUUAUGACAUAUCUAGUGGAACCAUUAUUUGCAGAGUGGGCCAGAUUUUCAAAUACCAGACUAUCACAGACCAUGCUUGGUCAUGUGGGACUCAAUAAAGCCAGUUGGAAGGGAAUGCAGAGAGAACAAUGUAGCAGUGGUGAUGAUACUGACACUGCCUUUGAAGAAGUAGAUUCUGAAUUAUUACCUCAGGAAAAUCGAUUGUUAUGACCCCACCUCCGCCUGAGCUGCCCAGAAUCAGUGGCACAAAACAGACUUUUGGAGGAUUUUUUUUUUUUUUUACAAACUGUGAAAUGAAGUCUUGAGGUGAGAGAACCUAAUUCUUGUCUGCUGAGGUUUCUAAAUGAAUGAUGCCAGCAUUAUUUAUUUCCUUUAAUGGAUCUUUUAAACCCACUUUCUGUUACAAGACCUGAACAUAUAGCAAUAUGCAUAUGCCUCAGCUGACUUUUGCGUGAACCCUUUAAUAUGCAAAUCGCAGCAGGGACAGGAUCCUCCUGGAGGAUCAGGACAUUUCAUGGUUUGCCACAUGUGUGUGUUUUUCAAAGCAAAACUGUGAGCCUUAAAGUGGCUCCUUCAGCAGAGGUCUCUUGGAACAUAACCAAGCUGAUGGGACAAAAUGUAAAGAAGGUCUGCCGCCACUAGUUCUCACUAUGGAAACUAUGGGACUGUGAAGUGCCCAGCCUCUGCUGCCUGUGACAAGACUUGAUGUUUACAAAUUGACUCUAAAAAUGUGGGUUCUAAAUUUGCCUUGGAGCAUGAUUGUGAAAGAACCACUCAAAUUUUAAGAUCAAAUCUGAAACUGCAGCUCUUUACCCAAACAUCCCCUUUUUGUUUGACUCUCUCCUGUCAUUUGGAUGCCACACAAGUCUCCCAUUCUCUAUGGUUUUACUUUAUGCACUGGUAACUAAGCUUUUAUCAGAGAAUACAACCCUAUUUCCACUCCAGUGCUGCGUGGGAAUGUAAUUUUGUUUUUAAAGUAGAAAUACCCAGUUUUGAAUUAAGAGGUGGGAUGGGAGGGUAAGGGUGGGGUGGGGCUGGGAACAUGAACAAUGUCCGAGCUGUCUACAUGCUGUUCAGCAGGGAAGAUGCUGCAUGUGGUUUUUCACUACUGUACACUUGACCUGCACAUGCAAGAAAAGGUGGAAUAUUUUAAAACACCAUAAUCAGCUCAGGGUAUUUGCCAAUCUGAAAUAUAGUGGGAUGGGGAAAUAUGUCCUUCAGAGCCAGGGGUACAAAUGUCCCUUUCGCUGCAGUGAGAGUGAGAAAAAGGAAUUUUAAACUUUUGCAUGGGUAUAGAGGAGAGAGAGAGUGUGUGUGUGUGUGAAUGUGUGUGUGUGUGUGUGU